CUCUCCCUCUCUCUCUCUCCACUGAUAUACUUCUAUAUCAUGGCCUCCCUCACCUGCUCACCCUCCGACCUCGUUCCCCUCUUAGGCGGCGCCACCAAUGCCUCCGCUGCGGCAGCCUACAUCUGCUCCCGCUUUGACACCGUCUCUGCCAGGCUCUCCGACACCACCUACGCAGUCGACAACACCUACCUCCUCUUCUCCUCCUACCUCGUCUUCGCCAUGCAGCUCGGCUUCGCCAUGCUCUGCGCCGGCUCCGUCCGCGCCAAGAACACCAUGAACAUCAUGCUCACCAACGUCCUCGACGCAGCCGCCGGCGCCCUCUCCUACUACCUCUUCGGCUUCGCCUUCGCUUUCGGCUCCCCCUCCAACCCCUUCAUCGGCCGCCACUUCUUCGGCCUGAAAGACGUCCCCUCGCCGUCUUUCGACUACAGCUUCUUCCUCUUCCAAUGGGCUUUCGCCAUCGCAGCCGCCGGCAUCACCUCCGGCUCCAUAGCUGAGCGAACCCAGUUCGUGGCUUACCUCAUUUACUCUUCGUUCCUCACCGGAUUUGUCUACCCUGUGGUUUCACACUGGUUCUGGUCCGGUGACGGGUGGGCCAGCGCGACCCGAUCCAACAACGACCUCCUCUUCGGCUCCGGUGUCAUCGACUUCGCCGGUUCAGGCGUCGUCCACAUGGUCGGUGGCAUAGCCGGCCUCUGGGGAGCCUUCAUUGAAGGACCAAGAGUAGGCCGGUUCGACCAAGCCGGCCGGUCCGUUGUACUACGCGGUCACAGCGCUUCACUUGUGGUUUUGGGUUCUUUUCUGCUCUGGUUCGGUUGGUACGGGUUCAACCCCGGUUCAUUCUUGACCAUCUUGAGAUCCUAUGGAGACGGUCCUACUGGGCACAAUUAUUACGGCCAAUGGAGUGCCAUCGGAAGGACAGCUGUCACGACUACAUUGGCGGGGUGCACAGCAGCACUUACUACUUUGUUUGGCAAACGGAUUAUCUCUGGCCAUUGGAACGUGAUUGACGUAUGUAACGGACUAUUGGGGGGUUUUGCUGCGAUCACCUCCGGGUGUUCAGUGGUAGAACCGUGGGCAGCUAUUGUGUGUGGCUUUGUGGCUGCUUGGGUUUUGAUCGGGUGGAACAAGGUUGCAGAGAAGUUAAAAUACGAUGACCCGCUCGAGGCUGCGCAACUACACGGUGGGUGCGGCGCGUGGGGUAUACUCUUCACCGGGUUGUUCGCGACGGAGCGGUACGUCAACGAGGUGUAUCCGGGAAGGCCGGGGCGGCCUUAUGGGUUGCUGAUGGGUGGUGGAGGGAAGCUUCUGGCGGCUCAGAUCAUCCAGAUUAUUGUGAUAAUUGGGUGGGUCACGGCCACUAUGGGCCCACUGUUUUUUGUGCUUAACAAAUUGAAGCUGUUGAGGAUAUCCAGGGAUGCUGAGAUGGCGGGAAUGGAUCAGACGAUUCAUGGGGGGUUUGCAUACAUAUACCAUGAUGGAGAGGAACAUUACCAUUUGCCAGGGCUGGCGUUGAAAAAAGUGGAGCCCACAAACACAAGCCCAGACUCAGACAUGAAUUUACCAUCCUCUGUGUGAGAAUCUUGUAUUUUACAGUAUUUUAAAGGAAAUAUAGUUUUUAAUCGUCUUCACGCGCCAAUUAGAUGAUGGUUAGUUCUCUAAUUAAUGGUGCAUGAUUAACAGAGGUUGUGUUGGUAUU